UCUCAUGGUCAGCACUUCUGAAAUAGCAACUACAUCAAGUAAUGACUAUUUGAGACGCACAGAUCUUACCACCUCUGCUUUACCAAAUACCAGGCGUAGUGUACUUGUUUCCAGCACAUCUAUCUCAGGUCAAAGUUCUGAUAGUCUCAGUGACCCCAGUGUCAACAGAGUAACACAGAACAGGACCUUUGGUGGCCCAACAACAUCUACUGAGACCCCAGUAAGCAAUACAGCUCGCACAAACUCAGUCUCUGAAUCCAACAACCUAUUAGCAUCCACUGAGAGUCAGGGUAUGUUGUCAAGUACUACCUCUGAAGUGACAACCCCCACUAUUCCAGGUGUCCUCACAAACAACUGGACCAGCAACACAAUUCAAAGCAGUUUACGUUUUGAGCCGCAAUCCACCAGUGACAUAAUGCCCACCAAAAAGAGGCUUGUUUCAACCAAAGAGUCCCAGACCACUGAUGCAUUGAUUACGACCCCUCUAACAAUCAGUAAAAACUCUGUCAUUGCUGACACCAACAUAGUUAUGGAGUCCUGUUGUUCGUCUUCAACAAAUAAUUCCCAUUUGUCUUCUUCAUCUUUCGAAAAUUCUAUUUUGACUACAACACCUCAGUUUCAGUCAUCCACUGUUCCUUUGCCAAAAAAGACAAUUUUUUCAAGUCCACAUUUCUCAACCUCUAGUCCACAGCAAUCAAAUCACAUGGAGCCAACUUGUCCCUUAAUGUCACCAAAUCCCUUUCCCCUUCUGAAACCAACGCCCUACAAUUACCACAAACCAAUACCCCCUAUAUUUUUGAGACCGUAUCCUGAAACAGUCCCAAAACCUAUCAAUCAUCCUGAAAUAAAUUCCCCCACAUUAUUGAGACCACAUCCUCAACCAGGUCAAAAGCCAGAUCCUUACCGUUACGCUAAACCAAAUCCUCCAACUUUGUUUAGACCUCGCCCCCAACCAGCUCCAAAGCCCAACCCUUACCAUUACCCUAAACCACGCCCCCCAACUCUUUUGAGACCUCGUCCCCAACCAAUUCCAAGGCCAAACCCUUCUCAUUACAAAGAGCAAAAUCCUCCCACUCAUGUAAGACCUCCUUUACAAUUGGCUCCAAUGCCAAAACCCUCUCACUACGUAGUACCAAAUUCUCCCACAUUGUCAAGACCACGUCCUCAAACAGCUUCAAGGCCAAAGCCUAUCUACUUUUCUGAACAAAAUCCUUCGACUAAACUAAGACCUCAUCCUUAUCCCUCUUCAAGGCCAAGGCCUUCCCAUUUCUUGGAACAAAAUCCCUCAACUAAACUAAGACCUCGUCCUCGUCCUGCUUCAAGGCCAAAACCUUCCUAUUUCUUGGAUCCAAGUCCCUCCACUCAAGUAAGACCUCGUCCUCGUCCUGCAUCAAGGCCAAAGCCUUCCCAUUUCUUGGAACAAAAUCCCUCAACUAAACUAAUACCUCGUCCUCAUCCUGCUUCAAGGCCAAAACCUUCCUAUUUCUUGGAUCCAAGUCCCUCCACUCAAGUAAGACCUCGUCCUCGUCCUGCAUCAAGACCAAAGCCUUCCCUUUUCUUGGAACCCAAUGCUCCAUCUAAGUUAAUACCUCGUCCUCACCCUGCUUCAAGGCCAAAUCCCUCCCGUUUGCUGGAACAAACAACUUCUACUCAGCUAAGGCCUCAUCCCCAACCAGCUCCCAUAUCAAAGCCCUUCAAUUUCCUUAAACCAAGUCUUCUCAUACGUCCCCAGCUGGUUUCAAGGCCAAAGCCUUCUGAUUUACUGGAGCCAAAUCUUCCCACUCAGCUAAGACCUCCCCACCGACCAGUUCAAAGGCCAAAGCCCUCCCAUUUCCCAGUACCAAAACCCCCUAGUUUGUUAGGAUCUGGUCCCCAAAUAGCUCCCAUGCCAAAGCCUUCCCAUUUUCUUGAACCAAGUCCUCCCACUUGGUCAAUACCACAUCCUCUAAGGCCAAUUCCUUCUCCUUACCAGGAACCAAAUCUUUCCAUUCAGUCAAUGCCUCGUCCCCAACCAGCUCCAAAGCCAGAAGCUUCCCGUUAUGUAGAAAAAAGUCCUCCUACACUUUUCAGACCUCAUCCCCAUCUUCCUUCAAGACCACAACCUUCCCAUUUCUUAAAACCAAAUUCUCCUACUCGGUUAAGACCAAGUCCCCAAAUGGCUCCAAGACCAAAGCCUUCCCUUUUCUUGGAAACAAACCCCUCUUCUAUGUUAAGACCCCAUCCCCAGCCAGAUUCCAGGCCAAAGCCUUCUCUUUCUUUAGAUCUAAGUCGUCCUAAUCCAUUAGGACCAUAUUCCCGACCGGUUCCAGGGCCAAGGCCUUCUCAUUUCCGUGGACAAAAUCCUCCCACUGCAUUUAGACAACUUCCCCAGCUGGCUUCAAAACCACUGCCUUUCCAAUUAUUGGACCCAAAACCUUCCACUUUGUCAAGACCACAAAUUCCUGGGUUUCAGCGGCCAAAUGAUCCAAACUUUUUACAGCUGCAUCCUGUGUCCCUCCCCAUACCCCAGCUACCAGGACUCCAUAGACAGGAGAGUCCAAUAUCAAAACAUCAGCCCCCACAUUUUGCUAAGCAACAAAACUCUUUUGUUUCAAGGAUGCAUCACCAGAAUCUUUACAAACCACAACCUACAAUGUUUACAAGGCCACAAAAUCCCAUUUAUUCCAGGCCUUUUAACAUUGUAAGGCCAAGACCCAGUUCUGUUUUCAGGGUGAAUCCCUCAAACCCACAAAGGUCACAGUCCCCUCAUCUCUACAGGCCACAGCCUGCAGCUAUAUUCAGACCAAGGAAGUUUAACAUAAAAAGACCAGAUCCACCUUUCUUCCAAAGGCUGCCCACCUGAAUUCAGCCCCAAGUUCAACAGAGCACUCUUCUCGAAAAAAGACUUGUUAAAUCACAGUGAGGAUUUCACAGGGAGCAUAAAAGAAUGUCAAAAGUGUAUUUGUAAUGGCAUGAGAUGAAAACGCCAUCAUCAGAAAGCUGUGAGUCUGAGAGCUGGGUCAAAUAUUAGAGGUUAAAUGAGCCAGAAAUUCAUCAUCAGCUCUUCACACAAGUAAACUGCAUCUCCUAUGAGGAAACCCUCUAAACAUGUAUUCACAGAACUCCUGUCAAGCAGAAUUAACAAAUGUGGUAAAUUCACCUAAAAUGUGAUGUCCAAGUAUGGGGACGUCAUGUCCUAAAUGAGUGCAAAUGUUGUUCUUUGAUAGGACAUUAAAACUAACUUCACAUUGAGAGGACAGCUGCUGUUUUACCUGAAAUAAAACGAUGCUCAUCUACUUCAACCAAAACCUAAUGAGUUUUGACAGGUCUGUUAAGAUUGAUGGCGUUUUCUUUCAGCCCUUUGUCUUUUUUAUCUUUCCUUUGAUGAGUUUACCUUUCUGUAAUGGUGCAUUUUUCAGACAAAUGUUAUUGUUAUCAAACCUGACAAGUUUUCUUUGGAUUCUCAAGAAAAUAAAGACUUGUAAUAAAAACCUUCUUAAAUGUU